UAAAGUGAACAUCUAACUUCCGCUGAUGUCAUCGGUGGAAUGACGUAACAUCCGCCGUUUCCACUGCUUUUCGUAUCGCGAGUGCUGCUGCGGCUGGUCACAUACACGACUGAUAAUGUUGGGCAAAUUAAUCGGACCGAAAUACGUGUCUGUCGCUAAAUCAUGGGUUCCCACUCUUGCAGUCUGGGGUGGAGUUGGAGGUGUCGCUCUUGUUCACUUUACAGAUUGGCGGCUCAUCUUGGACUAUGUUCCCUACAUUAAUGGAAAGUUCAAGAAGAACGAGUAGAGCUUCAGAAGGUCAGUCUGAUGAAUUGGAGAUGGACAGUCACAGCGGAAGAAACCUGCAAAUGAACACUGUUAUUUAUUUUGUUGGGACAUUUAAUAAAUAUUUUGUCUUGAUUUUCAUUGUGUGUGGGUUUUAUACAGAAAAAAAGGGACAUGUCUCACAAUCCAAAUAAAGCUGUCACGUUAAACAGUGUAAUGUCUGAAGAAAUCUCCAUCGUGUGUUGAAUUGAAGGAGUCGAGUCAGUGGAUCUGCGCUCUCCACAUCUUCUGCUCCAUCACACAUUGAGUUGUUAAUAAAUCAUUGAAAAUGA